CAUACAUUUCAGUGUUCUUAAUCACAUUAGUGAAUAUCAUUAAAUAGUAAUUAUUAAUAAACGCUGCGCGAAAUUUUGAUUGUGCUAGGUUAUGUGUGAACAGAGAUAUACAUGGUGGACUAUAAGUGAGUCGAUAUAAACGAAAACAAAAAAAUAACUUAUUUAAUAUUGUGAUUUUGUUUUGUUGAGAGUGCAAUUGUGCUUUAUAUUUGAAAACUCUUGUUAUAUUUAUAUAAAAACAUUCUGGUCGCAGUACAUAAGUAUUAAUAAAAAUAAAUAUUUGAAGAAGGCACAAUGCAGCAUUCAUACAGAACCCACGAUUCUAAUAAAUCUAUAGACCAACUUGGAACAUCAACCUCGACAUCUCAAUAUCGAUUAUACAGCCAAAAACCACAAGAGGAAAAAGGCUCACAAACUCCGGAAAAAGGUUCAAAAGAUGAUGAUCAAAAUUUAUCUCCAUCUAAAUUAAGAGCUAAAUUGAGAGCCGAACUGGAGCAAAGGGCUAGAUCUUGUUUGCAUGCCGGAUACAAAUGUAGCCGGCCACCAGCUACUCCUGCCAGCGACUAUUGUGCUCUUCACAUUCUGCAGGCAACUGGCAACAAUGACCCCGCCCUGGUGCACUACACCCGUUGUGCCUAUGUCUACUCGGUCAACGGCCGAAGGUGCCCCAAUGCCGCCCCAAAGAAGCGCUCUUUACAAAAUUCGCUGGGCGCUACGGGUCCUACCAGAGCGCCGCAUCAGAUGCAAAAUCAGAGUUACUGCUUCGAACACAGCAGACUCACUCAGCGUUCUCGGACGAAGCAAGUGGCGCGACGAAAGCCCCCACAGGGCUUGGAUUCCGCAUUGUGUGGCUUAUCGCACUAUCUCGUUAAAUCGUCGAAUUUAAAUCCAAUGAAAUCUGAGAAAAGCACAAAUCCAACUGAAAGUAAUCAGUCGUCACAAUACUGGACACCCAAUACUCGAGACAAAGAGGCGGAAAAGGAGAAAGAAACACUUAAAGUUGAAUUAGAUGAAAAUGGAAAGAUUGUUCCAUUGGAUCCAAUGAAAGACGUAGAUCCACAACAAGUUGAAAAAUUGCGACAUCCUUUACAAUAUGCAUCAUCAACUGAGAGCGAGGAUGAGGAACCUAUUAUUUACGGUGAUGUGGACCAAAGCGUUGGAUUUUUAGGAUCUGAUGACGAAUGUUUAGAUGAUUUUACUGGCGAAGAUCCACUCAAACAUGCAGGAAUAUAUACUGCAACAGAAGCUAAUAUGAUACUGCGAAAUAAACUGUCCCGACUUCAAGAUUUAUAUGUAGAUCAGUUUAAAGUUAUGCAACAGGAAUUGAAAAUGAAAAAAAUGAAGUUGAUUCCUGCUCUAAAGAGAGAAUAUGAAACAUUGUGUAGUGUAGAAGAUCAACCUAAAGAUUCUAUGAAGGAGUUAAAUUUAUAUAGAAAGUUGAAGGCUUUCAAACGCUAUAAUAAGAAAUCUGGUGUUGAAGCUAUUUUGUAUGAACGAUCUCUUGAAAGAACAGCUAAGUACAUGGACGGUCACAGUAAAUUCUCUUUACAUAAACCUCAUGGAGGUCAUCAUGGUGGGGGCCCAUCUGCUGGACAAAAGUGCAUAUUUUCAGAAGGUGGCAUCAAAUGUACGGAUAAGCCAAUGCCAUGCACUAAAUAUUGCAAAAGGCAUAUUUUGCAAGAUAAAAGACAGAUUUUAUUCAAGCCCUGUGCCAUGGAAAUAGGAGAUGUUUGCUGUAAAGAGCCCAUAACGGGCAUUCUAGAAAUUGAUACAUGCCCAUUACAUUAUAAAAUUCCGGAGCCCAGAACAUAUAAUAUUCGGAAAGAGGAUUCUGAGUCAGAGAACUCUGAAGAUGAACAGGAUGACCAUAACACUUCUGCAGACAUAAAUUAUAAUUUACACAAUCCAAGUUUAAUGGAUUCAUCGGCUGUGAAUAACUCGCUAAAAGAUUCCAGUAUGGAUUUUUCUUUAUUGGAAAAUGACAUGAAAAAUGAAAGCAUGGAGUCGGCUGAUGAUGAUGAGGUGGAUGUAGUGAAUGAUGGUGAGGUGUCCGCGGAUGAACAAAGGGACUUGUGUUAUGAAAAAAUUGAAAAGGAAUUGAAUGAGCUAGAAGGUUCAAACCAAAUCAACGAAUUGGAGUAUCAGAAAGUUGAAGUGCAAGAAGUGGACAAUCAGCUUGAUGUAUCAACUGAAUUAACUAUUAAUGAAUCUCAUCCGAGUGAAUCAACUGUUUCAGCAUCUGAAACAAGUGUUAUUAUAGAAGCCCUUAGUGAUGAUGUUGAAGUGGAGGAUAUGUGACUUGUACAAAAUAUGAAAGUUAAUGCCCAUAUU